CAACAAAGCAGCUACAGAGGAGAACCAGUGAAUACAUUACACAAGAUGCUUCGCCGUCAAGCCCGCGAGCGCCGAGAUUACCUCUAUCGCAAGGCUUUGCUCCUCCGCGAUGCCUCCAUUGCGGAAAAGAGGGCACAGCUGAAAGCCUCGCUGGCCUCGGGGAAACCGCUAGAUCCAUCUAUCGCAAACGACAAGAAUCUUCGGGAAGACUUUAAAUACGAUGAAUCGUUGCAAGACGGGGGCAAGGACGGCAAGGACAGCAAGGACGCAGACCUCGUGAACAUUGACGACGAAUAUGCCCUGACGUCCGGACUCAUGGACCCUCGCCCAUUAGUUACAACCUCACGGUCGCCUUCCGCCCGGCUGAGUGCGUUUGCGAAGGAGAUUCGCUUGCUGCUACCUACAUCUAUCCGCCUGAACCGCGGCAACCUGGUUCUACCGGACCUGGUCUCUAGUGCGAACGCCGCUUCCUUGACGGAUAUGAUCCUGUUGCACGAACAUCGCGGAACACCGACUGCCAUGACCAUCUCGCAUCUUCCACACGGGCCGACGGCCAGCUUUUCUCUGCACAAUGUCGUUCUCCGCGCUGACAUUCCCAACGCGGCCCGGGGGACUGUGUCGGAGAGCUACCCGCAUCUGGUUUUCGAAGGGUUCAAGACCAAACUUGGCGCACGGGUGGUGCAGAUCCUGAAGCACAUCUUCCCGCCACGCGAGGGCGGUAAGGUCGGCAACCGAGUCGUCACCUUCGUAAACAAAGAGGACAGUAUCGAGGUGCGACACCACGUGUUCGUCAAAACGGGGUACCGGGACGUGGAAUUAGCAGAGGUUGGUCCACGGAUGACGAUGAGAUUGUUUGAAAUCAGAGGCGGCUCCCUCGAUAAAAACUCGACUGGCGAUGUCGAGUGGGCUCUCACUCAGUACACGCGAACCAGCAAAAAGAAGGACUACCUGUAAUGGUUACGGCCACCUUUGGUCUGUAUACUUACCUGCACAUCAUGAAAAAAAGUUGGUCUGGCGCAUACGGUGUUGAAGGGCCUGAUACAAUAUUCGGUUUGGCGAUCUUGUUUGAACUAUUGUUUAUGCACAUACCCAGGAAAUGCAUGACUCUCUGAGUAUUAUUACCCGUAUCUCUGGUUCUUCUAUGGUAUUCAACUCAAUGUAAAGGAACUUCUGGUUGUAAGAUUAAGUUCCUCCUCCUAGAGACCAGUCAUAUAUUCAGAGUAAU